AGAGGCAUAGGCAAUACAAUGAUGUACAGGCGCUGUCAGUGUCAUCAUAAAAAUUUUCAUUUUCACCUCGAAGAAACUACAGGUCAUUCGUAUCGUGCAUACAUGUAUUCAGAGAUAAUUUUAAUCUUAGUAAUCUUAGAGUUCCCCAAAACAUCAGUAAAUGUUACUUCGUAAGUGCUAUGUAGUAGUAUUCUCAAGUAGAAUAACAGUACGGUCGCCGGUGAGGAUUUGCUGCAAAUCAAGCAGUCAGCUCAGUCGUCGAGCGGAUAAGACAGCUUCUUUGCCAUCAGUAUUCUUUCCUUCGCACGUGUGUGUGUGUGUGCAUAUGGUGUGCGGCGUUGUAGUGGCAGUAUCCGGAAGUUGAACGGAAUGGACAGCGGUGGCGGCGAAAGCCUGGGUUUGGAAUCUGUAAAUCGCUUGCUUCGUCAGCAAGGCCUGAGUGCCCUGUCGGCACAACCUCUCACAAGCAUACUGGAUGACAACGAUCUUCUCCUGGAGGGUGUACUUCUUGGUCAAACGGCUUUAUCAGAGCUACGAGGGUCCUUACAACAACUGAUCGCCGAUGGAGAGCACAGUCGUAACGUCAAUCAGCAGCUCAUGACCGAGCUGCAGAAUUGCCGGAACUCCCUGCAGGAGGAGAAGCAGAGAUGUGGCACAAUGCGGGAUGAGUUGCAGCAGCAGAAAAGACUGAAGACAGACCUGCAAGCUGCCAAUGAGGAACUCAGUGGCGCUCGCCUGGAGGAGCUGAAGAGACACAGCCGUGAGGUGGACGAGCUGAAAGACGGUCGUGACGCGGCGUGGGCAAUGGUUGGCGUUCUCAAUCGAGAUAAUGACGCGCUCAAGGCACGAUUAGCGGACUCACAGAAUGCAGAUGAGAGGCACAAAAAGUGGAGAGCGCCGGGUACAAGAACAAGACGGCUUUCUGAUGGUGACACAGACCAACCUUAUGUGCAGACUCUUGGUCUACUUUCCACAUCUCGGGAACAGAUACACAAGUUGCAACACGACAUCAACGGAAUGAGGAAGGAUAUGCAGGACUGCCGGGAGGCCAGCUCCAACCAUACCUCUCCGCUUCUCGAGCACAGGGGGUUCCCCUCAUCGGCACCGCACCAGCAUGCCAGCACGCAGUCGCCAUCACCGCCUCACCGAGGCCAGGAAGCGGCCAGCCAAUCACCGACGAGCGAUGAUGUCAUCACAGUGGCGGGGAGGGUGCUGAACACGGACGUUGAAAGCAGGAGUGAGGUCCUGAACAGUACUCUGGAGACGGACACCACUGAGUGGGCACUACUCGGUGAGAAAGUUGAACGGCUCAGCAAGAGCAAUGUGCUGCUGCAGAACGACCUAGACAACUGCAAGCGGAAACUGCAGCAAGCCGCUUUAGAGACAGCUUGUCUGAAGUCAGUGUGUUCCCAACUGUCGGUGUCUGACCACACACAGUUGCCCAGUGCUGUCGAGAGACUCAUGGUGGCUGUCGGAGCACUACCCACACUAGAAGAGUUUUAUCGAGAGGUCACCAAGGUAGUUCCGGCUCCUCUGCAGGACGAUGUAGAUAGCGACACCACGGCAACGGAGGAAGCAUCGUCCCAUCACCAUGCCAACUGGUGUGCCGUGCAGUGGAAUCAUGUGAUCCCGACCAUACGCCUGUGGAAGCAAGCAGUCGAUGACGCUGUUGAGCCGAGCAAUGGCAAGACAAGCCGGCGCAGUCUGAAGGCGCUUCAAUCGACUGUUCAGCACAUCCAGUCACUGUUCGACAUCGCCCAUGUAUCCAGUAUUGUGCCUCUAAUGAACAGCGUGUACUUGCGGUUGAAGGAAGCGGAAACGCUAAAGAAAGCGCUACGAGACGUCCUUGGUUUGGACUCCAAAUGUGGUGUAUCCCGCAUCAUCUCGGUAGCCGAGUCUUUGACUGAUUCUGAACAUUGCCAGACCGUGAUCAAGCUCACCCUGGAAAGGGAGAAGCUGAAAGCCAGUCUAGACAACAGCACGCAACUACUCGUAUCAUUUCGUGAUCUGAUGUCUCAGAUCCUGAGCAUUGUCGGUGUUGACGCGCCAAGCAAAAUCCCUCAAGAGGUUGCCCGGCUAAAGUUACAAGUGCUCACCAACGCGUAGCAAGUCGACUCCGCAGAAGAUACCGUAACCAUGACAUCAUUGCGUUGUCAUGAUGACAUUUCUAUGACGAGUAGCUCCGGUACAUACCGUGCUGGUUUGGAGCGAAUCAGCCGAGCCGAUGUCCGAGAGCAAACAGAAACUCUGUGCUGCUUGAGUUGAUGGCCGCUUUGCUCACCUGAAUGAUCUGUGAGCGAUGCUUGUACUAAUCUACUGAUCUGAUAUGGCUCCUGCCGACCUUUGUUUUAUGUGGGAGAGCAUCAUGUCCAUUUCUUCCAUAUUGGAAAGGUUGAGAUGCACGUUGCUUCCGACGUGACGCGCAAUCCCAUGUCAAAUUUGGCGUAAAACUCCAAAUUUCAACGUGAGCUGCAGUUCGUUCACGUUGUGUUUCGACGUGCGAGCCAAAUAACGCGAGCUGAACUUUCGCGUCACGUCGGAAAUAACGUGCUUCUUAACCUCUCUAGUAUCUUGCCACAACCUGAGGUGUCCAUCGCGCCCACGUUCAUAUGGCCCACCACUGUUACGAGUAGGCACUAUGUCGAUAGUACAGCUGAGACGACAUGUCGCCAUGCACGUGCGUUGAGAAUCUAUUGAGAAUUUCUGUUGGAUGUAGAAUUCUUUUCUGGUGAUGCCAUCCACUGAUUUGGGGAGUGGUUUUUGGUGGAUGUCAUAAUGAUAUCAAUUUUCCAAGCAAAACAUGGAAAACCCGAUCAUCCCAGCCAAACAUCCCAUCCAUUGACCUAGCGAGUGAUUAUGUGGUAGAUGCCACAAUGAUAUUAUUAAUUUGCAAGCAAAACUUGGAAAGACAAUCUCAGACAGAAGGUUAUCCUUCAGCUAAUGUCGUGAGCGUUAUCUUGGAAAUUGUCACUAUGGUCAGGAUAAAGAAAUUGCAUACCCU